AUGUCGGCCGGAGCAGAAGAUCAGGAGCGGCGGGACCACGACGCAACGACGGCGACGGCGACGGCGACGGCACCAAGCGCAGCUGUGCAUCACGGCGCCGGGCCGUGUUGUGGCCAUGCUGGCGUCGAAGAGCGCAUGGCGCUGUCAGGGCAGUCCAGUGCUGCCACGGACCUUCCAACGCCCUCGAACGCGUACCAACCGCCUGCGGACGCUGAUGCUGUGGCCGAGGCACACCAGUGUGACGCUGUUUCUACCACACACCGGGCAGGCGAUGUCCUGCUCCUCGUCAGUAUUCUGUAG